ACACUUCUGCUGAAAUAAUACAGAUAUUGUUUAUAAAAACGUGUAGAAAAAAUUGAACGAUUUUUAAAAAUCGUAAUCUAUCAUGUGAUAAAAAAAACUCGUAACGUGUUCGAAGUAAAAUAACGUGACAAAUGUAAAUCGGUUAGUUGCAAACAUUAAUUGAUGGUCGAGAAAAAUGUUUCAAUGGACAACGUGAUAAAUUGUACGAAUGUCCAACGAGAACGAACUCGUAUGUACAGAACUUUUUUUCGCGACGCUGUAAGACGCGUAAUUGAUUUUACGUAUCGCUAAUCUGAUUCAGUUUCGAUAUCGCGGAACGCGAUGCGUUGCCGUCGUAUCGCGAGCGAAGAUUCGUUUGUUCGGAGAGAACGGAGUUCAAACGGUUUCCGAUAAAGUUUGCUCGCGAGGAGGAUGGAGAAAAUCGGUGGUCUGCCGGAACUGAGUUACGGAAAUGCGCGUCGACGACGACCUCGACGAUGCGACCGGCGUUCGUGUCGAUUUCCAAAGAGAUCUCGGAGUAAAGUUCAAGUACGCAUCGCUCGGUGAUUCGAGGACGAUUGAGCCGGUGAUUGCGCUCCUCGUUGAUCGGUGGAUUGCGUCCGAUUGAAUGGAAAAUAGAAAGAACCAAACCAAGAUCCUGAAGAAGAAAUGCCUGGUAUCGUGGUAUUCCGACGCCGAUGGAGCGUCGGCAGCGACGAUCUCGUUGUGCCUGGUGCUUUCCUAUUCAUCCUGCAUUUGAUAUGGGUGACAGUGCUGGGCAUCCUACUCGGCGUACUCGACUGGGAUCACAAUGUUACCUGCGUCUUUCUACUGUGGGAAUACUUCGUGGGAUACCUAGUCAUUUUCGUGUUAUCUAUGAUAGUAGAGUUUUCCAUUUGCUUUCUGGCUACCAGGGGAAGCAUCCUGGACACUGCAGCCAGAGCUCCAAUGCAAUAUAUUCUCUAUGUUCGACUCUUCCUUUUAUCGGUCGAGACUGGCUGGUUGUGCGCAGGUGUAACGUGGUUGUCACACUUCUAUCAAACCUGCACCAUCGGCCAAGUUAAAGAUGUAAUGUUAGGUUUAGUGGUAUCAAAUUGGUGCGUAUUGGCGUCAGUGAUGGUAACAGUGUGGUGUACGUACGACGCUGCGGGUAGGUCGUGGGUGAAAAUGAAGAAAUACCAACGAAGCAUGAGGGAGGCGGAAUCGAGAUGCGGUAAAUUACAUUACAAUCGAAGUGGUAGCAGAAACAGAAACUGGCGGCAGAGAAAAGUUAUACGAGCGUACCAGGACAGUUGGGACAACAGAUGCCGGCUUCUGUUCUGCUGCAUGGGCAAUUCCGAUAGGAAUCGAAAUUCGUUCGCGGACAUCGCCAGAUUAUUGAGCGAUUUCUUCCGAGAUCUCGAUGUGGUCCCAUCGGACGUGGUCGCCGGUCUGGUACUAUUGAGAAAGUUCCAGAAAAUCGAACGGGAACUGAUAGUGAAGCAACGAAAGAACGAUACGUACGAGUUUCUGUCCGGCGUGCCAGUUACACCCCGGACUAAAUUCUUGUCCUUGACCGAGGAUGGCGAUCUGGGCCACUUCCAGUCGGCCAUUCAUUAUAUGCACUUCGCUCUCGCUGCUUAUGGCUGGCCUAUGUUCCUCGUUAAUCAUUCUACCGGUCUUUGUCAGCUGUGCACGAGAUUGCGAUGCGGCUGUUUCCCGUGCGGCGGACACGAAGACGAGGCGACCGUUGUGGAAGACAAUUGUUGCCAGUGCAAUUAUGCGGCGUUGAGAAAGAUGGUUGACGUCGCCGAGGUGGAGGUCAUUUAUGCGACUUUUCACGUCGACGUCGGUGAGACGCCGUUCUUCGUCGCGCUCGAUUACACGAAGAAAAAGGUUGUCGUUAGUAUACGAGGAACCCUCAGCAUGAAGGAUGUAUUAACGGACUUGAACGCGGAGGGUGAAGUGUUGCCAUUGUCACCACCGAGAGACGACUGGUUGGGCCAUAAGGGUAUGGUCCAAGCAGCUGAAUACAUUCGAAAAAAGCUGCUCGAGGAAGGAAUUAUAUCCCGCGCUCUCGCCAAGGACACGUCGAGAGGGACCCAUCAGUUUGGUUUGACACUCGUUGGCCAUUCCCUAGGAGCGGGUACAGCGGCUAUCUUGGCGAUUUUGCUUAAGCAAGACUACCCUGACCUAGUGUGCUUUUCGUUCGCUCCACCGGGUGGUCUCUUGAGCAUGCCUGCUCAGCAAUACUCACAGGAAUUUAUUACAUCCGUGGUAGUCGGGAAAGAUGUCGUACCUAGGAUAGGCCUCAGACAAAUGGAGAGCUUAAGAGCUGACCUCAUCAAUGCUAUAAAAAGGAGCGUCGAUCCAAAAUGGAAAACGAUAGCGUGUUCGGUGAUGUGUUGCGGUUGCGGUUCCACCCCUACAUCGGCUGCGAAUUUAGAGGCUGGUGGAUGCAUCAGCGAAUAUCAGAGGGACAAGGACCUGGCUCGUUCGCAGACCGUUGUUCCAAGUGACUCCAGCAUCGCGUUGACAUUGCACAGGCCUCUGUAUCCACCUGGCCGAAUCAUACACGUUGUUCGACAUCAUCCCAACAAGGGAGAGCAAAAGUAUGAGAGCCGUUGGAGACAAAUGUUGCACAAACAUGAACCUGUGUACCAAGCGCUUUGGGCAGGGCCGUGCGACUUCGACGAGGUGUUGAUAAGCCCGGUGAUGAUACAGGAUCAUAUGCCGGACAAUAUGCUGAAAGCAUUGAACAAGGUUGUAACGACCCUGGGACCGGCGAAGCCACAGAGGUUGGCUUCCGGUCACGCAUCAUCGACGGAGGCGUCGGAGGCGCGCGAGGCCGUCGAGAUCCAGGAAAUGGAGAUCGAGCAGGAGAUGAGAGCGUUACUCUCUUCAUCCAGCCCUGUAAAGUCGCAUCCUAGCAACCUGGCUGGGACGCCGCCGCACAAACUCUGCCUGGAGACGAGCUUCACGUCCCUGCAGAGCCCAUCGGAGUUCCCUCAAGCUGGUCGUGAACUCAGCGUCGAUUCCAGAGGGAUUCCGUGGGAGUACGUCAGUCUGGCCAGCGAGUUGCUCAACACGCCCAGGGCCGACGAGAGUAAAUCAUCGAAUCGUCGAAGCGACUGGGACGAGAGUUCUCGAACGGCACCACUGGCCACACCGGAAACCCUGUCGGAGGCGUCAAGCAGUCCACCAUCGCCGGUACCGCCACCAAGGCCAAUGAGGCGCACACCCAAGAUUUCGGGAAACUUGUCAACGGCGGCGGACGACUUGAAGAACAACCUUCACUUCGCUAUGCUCUCGGCGAAGAAUUACUUCCUGAGGGAAGGGAACAACGGCAGUAACACAAGUAGCGGCAAUAGCGAGGCGAGCUACGAAAGCGCCAGGAGCUUAACCGCUGGUCUUCCGCCGCCAGUACCAAGAAGACGGGACUCGGUCAUCGUCAGGAGAGAGCAAAGAGUGUGUACAGCUGCUUGCUGCAGGGACGAUUUGUCGGAAAAUUCCUCGUCGCACACCUCUUCUCAUUCAUCUAGGACGUCUCACACGUCGAAUCGAGUGCAAUCAGGUUUUCCCGUGGAGGAACACGAGACGAAUGGAUCUAGCUUGGACUUUUUCGAAGCAAAAGGUUCUUCUGGACAACGUGAUAGUAGUAACGACGUGUUCCUCAGCGUGAGAAGUUCCCCAGAGUGUAAAGGUUUGAUGGCACCAGCCACGGAUUUAGGAGCAGAGUGGAAAAAGAAAUUUGACGCGACGGGAAUGCCCGGUGAUGCUUCAUUGCCCCUUUUACGUGGACUAUCGCCGACACCUACGCACGGGCAACAUAGUUCGCCCUUCUUCAAUGCGAAACGUAAGAAAUACGUCUACCCAAUUACACUGGUUGGUCGAGGCGAAAGUAGCGUUUAAUUGCAAAAUGUUAGACCGACCGGGGACCAUAGAGAAGAGGCCGGAUAGAUUUUAAGUAACCAAUAGGUAUCUGUGCCAAUGUCACAUCCUUCAGUGUGAUCGUUUAGAAUCCUUUAAACCCUUGGAUAGAUGAACAUACGAAAUAUUCUAAAAUUAAGGGGCCAUAUAUGUGCGUUGCCUCUUUUUAUACGAUCUUUCACUGAAGUAUGAAGACAGUAAAUGAAGAUUCGAAAUCUAAAAAAGUUCUAAGAUUUUCGAAAUAAUAGAUAGAUAGUCAAAUUGGAAUAUUUAGUUUUUAUCAUAGGAUAAAAGAAGCUACUUUAUGUUUCUCUUUUUGUACAGCCUCGAGUGAGACGAAAUAUUUUCUGAUUCAAAAAGUUUUCUGCCAACUAAAUAAUAAACCAAAGGACAAAUAAACUACAGAGAUAAUUACAUGUACAUUAAAGCUCUAAAAAGUAAAUAUACAUAUAUAAAAACAAAUAGGAAAAUUAGUAAAAAGGCAAUGGAUUAUAUGAAUGACAAUUUACACGAAUGAAGAUGCCUUGCCAUUCAAAAAGAAUAUCAACUUUACGUAACUUAUACGAAUAGAGAUUCUUGUUCUUUUUAAUCUGUUGAUUGUAAAUAACAUGGUAGAAAUAUGUAAACGUUUGUAAGGAAAUUGAAAUGGCCUACUCACCGAUCGUAUUUAGUACGAAUUUUUAUGCAUUUUUGUACAUUUCAGUACGUUAUUGUACAUUUUUGUACAAUAGAGUUAAAAAAGUGUGAUAAAAUAACAUAGUGUUGUUUCAAUAUAUUUCUUAUAAUCAUCCAUAUGAUUUUACUAUGUCACUUAACACUGUCUCUUACUUGACGAUUCAGGUCUUUUUUUAUUAUACAAUUAAACAAUAAUUUCUAUUACAUUUUUUACUAAUUUUUUAACGAACGCGAAAAUAGGACUGAAAAUGUAUACAGAUUAUACAAAAGAUGUAAAAUAUCCAGCAAAAAAAAAAAAAAAAAUAAUUAUGUAACAGAAAA